UGGGUGCAUCAUUAUAUCGUGCAGCUAUGGUUUCAUCUCAUAAACUUGCUCAUUGGUCCAGGGCGGAAUGAUCGAUGAACUCAUGAUCACAUGUUUCUUAAAGGAUUAUGGAAAGUACAUCAGAGAAAACAUCAAUAUGCGGUCGGUCGCCCAGCCUUCACUUCUUCGCCCCAUUGAGUGUUUUCCUAAAGGACUUCAUUACUCCUCGUAAAAAAAAUAUUUAUCAACGAACUUGCCAACGGGAACACAUUAUUCCGAAACUACCAGUAGUCUCCACUUCCCUGACAACGAACAUCGUUUUCAGCCUCAGUUGGUAGAAUUUAGUCACUUGACUCAUUGUGGGUUGAUUUAAUCUAUUAUUGCAAGUGGUGAAUUCCAAAGAGGUGGUCCAUUACGAUGUGAAAUUAUUGGGCUUAGGAUGUGAAUACAUCCAAAACCCAUGCUUGUCAAAAAGGGAUGUUGACGCAAUGUGAUUUCUGCCCAGUGCUCUGAAAUAUACAUUCAGAUCACUGUAUAUUUCAGCGUCUUCUCAGCCGUUGAUUAAGAGUUCCCCCAAAUGAGUACUCCAACAAAAGAAGAGGCGAAUUCCUGACAGUCUUCAGAUUGGAUCGGAUGUUCAUAAAUGUAUGUCACCUGAAGAAGAGAGGCAGCUUUUGUUCAGAUUUGAUUUGGAUGAUUCUUUGAUCGACGUGGAGUCGGAAUGAGCACUUUUGGUUUUCCUACUGAUAUUGUAUUACUGAUGGAUGUGUAAGAGAGCAGAAUAUAUGUUCGAAUAUGAUCGGAAAGUAGGAACCUUUGUGACAUCAUGCUUGCAGCACUGGAUAAGAUUAUGCUCUGGCUACUCCUCCGAAUUGAAUAUGUGACCUUGUUCGGUGGACCACUCGCAAAUACUUGCAAUUCGAUGUGACUGGUGCGAGGUGAAGAUUCUGCGAGCCUUUCUCACUUUAGUCACUGGUCGACCGAUCUCAUGAAUGAUCCACCUUUCUCUCAUCGACUCCUCCAUGUGUGGUCGG